GCCGGCUCGCCAACAAACAGUUCCGUCCUUUGUUCAGCCUUACAGGCAAUGCCCUGGCCGUAAGCAAACACCCCCAAAUCAGAAUGAACCAGUGGGCCGCAGAGUCAUCAGUGCAUUGUAUUGUUCUCUUCCUUCUGUCAGAUGCUUUGAAGUGAUUGGUCGGGUCGCCAAACAUGGUUCUGGUAUACUCAAUUCAGAGCAGUGAAGCAGGGUCGUGAUGCGUUUCAUGGAGUCUGAGCCUCUUUGAUGAUGAGUGAUUGGCGACACGAUGUGUUGAUCAGUGUUCUGGGGUUGAGCAGUGGGAGGAUAUAAGAGCGUGAGUUGAUCGCUGGGAAAGAGGAGGAGUAUCAUUCCUCUCAUACAGUCUUGUACAAUCUUCUAUUUUUGUUGGUUCUACUAGUUCGCAAUGAGGCUUUCGAAGAGUCUUGGUCUGGCGUUUGGGUCGUUGGUGGCGGCUCAAGAGUGGGUGGCUGCGCCAAAGGGUCUAGAAGUCGUGUCGUCCAAGUUGUUCAAUGGCGCUGAGAUUUCGUACAAGAAGACUUAUGUUUGUGAGACUACCGAGGGUGUCAAUGCUUACAGCGGCUAUGUCUCGCUUCCUAAGAGUCUACUCCCUGACUUUCAGCAUUGGGAUGAGAAGCAGAAAGCCCAUCUCUUCUUCUGGUACUUCGAGGCCCGAAACAACCCAUCCACAGCCCCAACAUCAAUCUACAUAGGCGGCGGCCCCGGCUCAUCCUCCUUCGACAACACAAACGGCUUUCCCUGCUCCGUAAACGCCGACUCCAACUCAACGACCCUCAAUGACAUAUCAUGGAACAGGCACGUCAACAUGCUGUACAUCGACCAACCGCUGGGAACGGGUUUCUCGUACGUCGAUCUCGUGAAUGGGACGUUUGAUACUCUCACGCAGACGUUUACACCGGUGAAAGGGGAAGAGGUGCCCAAGACGAAUGGGACGUUUUUGCAGGCGACUUUUGACUCGGGGGAGUUGGAGACUGUGCCGAAGACGACGAUGAGUGGUGCUAGGACGAUGUGGGCUUUUGCGCAGGUUUGGUUCAACGAGUUUCCGGAGUGGCAGACUAAGAAUGAUGAGAUAUCCCUCUGGACAUCAUCUUACGGCGGCUUCUACGGUCCCAACUACUUCUCCUACUUCCAAGAUCAAAACACCCUCAUCUCCAACUCCAAACCAACCUUUGCAAACGCCACGAUUCUUAACCUCGCGACUCUGGGUCUUCAAGAACCUGGUAUCGACGCACGAGCUAUGGCGAAGGGGUACGCUGAUUACGGUCAUCAUAAUAACUACGGUCUUCAAUUCUUCGACGAUGAGACGUACAAGGGUAUGCUCCAGAAGAUUGAGGAACCGGGGACGGGCUGUUAUGCGUUGACAGAUAAGUGUCGCGCUCUCGUGGCGGAGGGCGAUCCUGAAAGGUUUGGGAAUAACAAGACUGUGAAUGAAGCUUGUCUUGCGGCGACGAAUCUGUGCUUUUUUGGGAUCCAGGGGACUUAUCAGGCUACCUCCGAUCGAUCGCCUUUUGACAUCACGCACUCCAACACCACGCUCUUCCCAAAGCCUUACAUUGAGAACUUCUUCAACCAACCGUGGGUCCAGCGUGAUCUCGGAGUUCCGCUUAACUUUACCACUGGAUUCAAUAACAUUGGGAAAGUGUGGUUGGGCCAGACGGGAGAUAUCAUGAUUGGGAGUCUUCAUGCCGUGGAGAGGGUUGUUGAGCGGGGUGUUAACGUUGCGUUGAUCUACGCUGAUCGCGACUAUCGCUGCCCUUGGUACGGUGGUGAGAACAUCAGUCUUUCACUGAACUUCUCCUCUGCUGAAGAGUUCCGCUCCGCUGGAUACACGCCCAUCAAGACGAAUUGCUCUUACACAGCUGGUUUCGUUCGCGAGCAUGGAAAUCUAUCGUUUUCUCGAAUUUUCGAAUCUGGACAUGGAGUAGCAGGUUACCAACCUCAGGCGUUGUCUAUGAUUUUCAACAGAGUCAUGUCGAGGAGGGAUUUGGCCACUGGGGAGGUUGAUCUGAGGAAGCAUACGGGGUACAAGACCAAGGGACGAAAGAAUGUGAGGAGUGUGAGGAACAAGGUUCCCGAGUCGCCGGUAAACACGUGCUUUGUUAGAGAUGCGCCGUUGAGCUGUACGGAUGAGCAGUUGAUGGCGUUGGCGGUGGGUAAGGCCAAGGUUGAGAAUUGGGUUGUUGUUGAGCCGAAGGGGGAGAAGCCUAAGGCGAUGAAGGUUGAGAGAAAGGGACGCUUUGUUUGAGGUAAGGGGAUUGGAUUGACAUGCUUGGAUUUCUAAUUGACUGGGAUAGGCAUAGAUUCACUUCGCUUCUAUUAACUGUUGUUUAUAUAGAGAUUUAUUGACUUACACUGAUUGACUGA